AUGCAAUUUAAAGAUAUACUGAAAGUUACCGGUGUACUUUUAGUUCCUUUGAUGUUAGGCGUUGCAACUAUGAUGUUAACUAUUCAAAAUACUAUAGAUGCAAAGGAAAAUCGUGAAAAAGAUUUAGAUAUUGCACAACGUGAACGUGACCAAACUGCUGAUUUAGCUGAGGAAGAAAGACAAGACAAUCGUUUAAUAGAAUAUUUAAAUGGUAUAUCUACAUUAAUGUUUUCAACUCAACCAUUAGAUCCUCUAUUACGUGCAAAAACUAUGAGUGUUCUACGACAAGUAGAUGUGAAACGAAAGCGUGAAGUAAUUCUAUUUCUAUAUGAAGCCAAACUGAUUCGAAGCGAUAUGAAUUCUGGAAUUCCAAUUAUUUCAUUACAAGAUGUAAAUUUAGAUAAUGUUGACUUUAGUGAUUUACGACCACCGUAUACACAGGUUAUAUCAAACUUCUAUUACGAGACACGUAUAGCUCUACGUGGUGUUUCCCUACGAAAUACAUCGUUUCAAAGACGAAAUCUCUAUCGAUCAGAUUUGGCACAAACUGACUGUACACGUUCAAAUUUUAGUUCAGUCGAUUUAUUGGAAGUUGACUUUAGUUAUGCAAAAUUGGUUGAAUGUAAUUUUGAAAAUGCACGUUUCAAUUCUGUUAAUUUACAGAAUGCUAAUUUAUCACAAUCAAAUAUUACAGAUGAACAGCUGGCUAAGGCACUGACAUAUCAAGGUGCAAUCUUACCGAAUGGAACGGUAGCAAAAAAUAAAAAUCUGUUGAUUAACGAUGAUUGUAUUAAUGACCGUACUAUUCUUUUAUUUACAUUAAGUUCUUCAACAAGAGAUGGAUCAUCAAGUACUGAACUCUAA